AUGAUUACUUUCCGCGCGCCUCUUGCGCGUGCAGCUACCUCCUUGGACCGCUCACUCUUCUCCAAGACAGUGAAGCUUGCUGCCGCAACGGUCAAGGACAACCGUAACAUUUCAAAGUACCGUAAGCAACUGGAGAAGUCCAAGGAACUUUUGGCACUUGAUCGUCUGGACUCUUGCCGGAAUGAUCCCGUAAAAGCUGGGUUGAAGUGUCUGCUCCUGCGGCCUGGUGUGAAGCACGAUGCUCCUACGACAUGGGGACCUGUUUUCCAGGAAGGUGUGAAAAGCGGCGAGUUGGAAGUUAUACCGUAUGAGUUGCAGCUCGACUAUGACUACUGGAGUUAUCUUGAUGUCAUGACGUCCAUUUUGCCGGAAGAGCUUCACGUUGAGAUCCCAGUGGGCUUCAACACCGCAGGUCACGUCGCGCAUCUCAACCUGAGGGACCAGUACCUCCCAUACAAGAAGAUCAUCGCCCAGGUCAUCCUUGACAAGAACCCCAAGAUUCGCACGGUCAUCAACAAGGUUGACAACGUCGGAAAUGAGUCCGAGUUCAGAACCUUCGCCUACGAGGUUCUUUGUGGACCUGACGACAUGAACGUAGAGCUCAAGGAGAACGACUGCGUCUUCCAGUUCGACUACUCCAAGGUGUACUGGAACAGCAAGCUUGAGCCGGAGCACACAAGACUUAUCAAGAUGUUCCAGCCUGGCGAGGUUGUCGCCGACGUCAUGGCAGGCAUUGGGCCGUUCGCCGUCCCGGCAGCAAAGAAGGGCGUGUUUGUUUUUGCGAACGACAUGAACCCCGAGAGCUUCAAGUACCUCAACGUUUCCGUAGAGAAGAACAAGGUCUCCCAAUACGUCCGCCCAAGCAACAUGGACGGCCGCAAGUUCAUCCAGGAUGCCGUCCACCAAGUGUACGACGCAUCAACCCGCGGCGACGGCGCCGUAAUCAAGCCCAAGUUUUCGAGGAGCAAGCCUCAGAACCCCCCUCCUCAGUCCAAGCACAUUCCUAUUCCACCUACCAUCUCACACUUUGUCAUGAACCUCCCCGCUUCAGCAUACACAUUCGUUCACCAUUACAAGGGCAUCUACAAGGGCCAUGAGAAGCUGUUCGAGCCUCACACUUCGACCAAACUUCCCAUGGUCCACGUCCACUGCUUCGCUCUGAAGAGCGAUGAUGACGUUCCCCUGAACGACAUUCUCGACCGUAUCUACGAGGAGCUCGGCGUCCGCUUCAAGCUUGGCGAUGCAGACAAGCAGGGUGAGAUGACAAUCUACAACGUGCGUGACGUCGCUCCCAAGAAGCGCAUGUUCUGCGCCAGCUUCCGCCUGCCACCCGAUGUCGCAUUCGCCACAGACAGCUGA